AAAAAAAAAACAAUCGCAUGUCCCAGCCAUCUGCGGACUCGGUCGCCGAAUGGCUCCUCGCGCGGCAGUUCCACCUGACUGCGCUCGAGCUGCACAUGGAGCUCGUUGAGAGUGGCAGUCGCGAUGUGCCUGCCCUCAGCCAGUUCAUGGCCUCGCUCGACGCAACCAGCGCGCGAAACGCACCAGGUGUUCCAGUGGCGCGGGCAAGCCAGGCAGCUGCAAUGCAACAGCACGCUGCAAUCGACGAGCUGUACACAAACAUGGAGCAGCAAGACCUGCUGCAGGAGAAGGAGGAGCGGCUGGCCGUGGUCGAGUUUGAGCUGCGAACCGCGCAAGACUCCAUCAAGGCGCUCAAGGAGUCGAUCGCACUCACGGCCAGCAACAACGCUGGUGGCGCACCCAGCCAGCUGCAUCUCAACCUGCCGGCAGUGGACGACGAAGCGCGGCUCCGGUCGCCAAUCAAGCCCUACGAGCAGCGCGCGCUCAACUACCUCGUCAACACGUACCUCCUCGAGGCCAGCUACCGUCUCACAUCCAUUACCUUCUCCGAUGAGGUGACAAACCAGAAUGUCGAGAGCUGGGAGGAUGUCGGCGCCAACAUGGACCAGCCGCCGCGACUGCUCGAAAUCUUCCGCCGUCUGUACAGCCACGUCUCGUUCAAGGAACAGGGCAAGUCGCAGCUCUCGAGUCUGGAAACGGAGGUAGAUUCCUUGCGAUCCGAACUCGCUGCGGCCAAGGCCUCCAUCAAGAAGCUGGCCGCGGAGAACACCCAGCUCAAAAGCCGGGUGCAAGCAGGGCCCAGUGUGGCUGCCCCCGUCGCUGCCAAGAAUCCCGACGAGUUGCCAGCUGCUCGGAAGCUCGUACUCCCCCAAACCCCCAUCCACAGCCGACUUCUUGGCGCUCUCCAAAAGGACUCUUCGUCGCGCAUCAAUAUCGAGAUCGCUUCCGUUCCGGACGACAGCGAAGGCCUGGUUUGGGUGCUUGGUCGCUCACUUCCGAAUGUCGUUCCGAACGUUCUGCUCAACAAGCGAGAGGAAUUGGUUCCGCUGAUCCUGGCCGGUAUUCGCCUGCAUCCCGACAAGCCCGCAAGAGAAGCCCUGCUGAAUCAGCUGUUCAGCCUGGUCAAAAAGCCAGAGCCGACCCAACGCGCCGUCAUUGUGAGUGGCUGCUCUUCGCUUGCCGCAUGCCUGCCAGACGCCCGAAUUGCGAGCGAGUUUUUGCCCCAAGCAUGGGAGUUGGUAGCAAACAAGUACGUGGAGCGUCGCAUCUUGGUGGCCGACUUGUGCGGCGCGAUUGCUCCGUUCUUGGCGCCUAAAUUCCGCGAGGCGGCGCUCUUGGACAACUUGAAAACCUUGCUGGAAGACAAGAGUGAGGAGGUGCGCGAGGCAGCUGUCAAGUCGUUUGCGCUCACUGUCUCCGUCAUGGGCACGAGCACAUCGGCAGCAGCGUGCUUGGAGAAGAUCCAGAGCAUGCUGCUGACUGCCUUGAAAGAUCCGGUGGACAAGGUCGUCGCCGUCUCGCGGCAGCAGCUGCUCCCCGCCUUUUGCGAGUGGAGCGCGGAACUUGGUGUGCUGCAGUCCAAGUUUGGAACGUCGCUCCUCCAGAACGUCACCAAAGCCAUCAGCUCGGACGGUCGCCGUCAACUGGCUGACACUUCCGUCAUGGAGAUGGAGCUCACUUUCGGCGUCGUCCGAAUGGUCCUCCCAUUCUUGUUUUACCACGUCAUCAGGACAUCGCCGUUCUAUGUUCCGGCGACCUUCACCCAGCCUCCCGCACAUCUCGCCGCGGAGGCGAACGGCGAACCUGCGCCACCGACUGCCGCUGGCUCGGAAGAAGUUGAUCUCUUCCACUUGGAUCUUCUUCUUGGCGACGAUGCAACUGCAUCCAAGUACCGCACGCAGCUCGACACCUUCAUUGCUCAGCACGCUGUCGCGCCCGAGUCGCUCAAGCACAAUGCCAGCUUCUGGCCUGCCCUGAACUGGAUGGUUGAGACCUUCAUUCCUAAUCUGUUGAGCAUUGCCGUCUCGGUGGACAUUUCCAACGCUUCGUGCGUCCGUGAUCUAGUGCUGGCUAUUUCACGCCUUGUGAAGAUAUUUGGAAGUGCAUUUGCGCUGCAAGUCGUCAAGCCGCUUUUCUUGCAAGUGUUGAAUGCAUCUGCCUCCAACGAGGUUGAGCUGCUUGCGCUUCGAACGCGUCGCACGCGUACCCUUUCCAUCUACGUUCAAGGCGUGCUGGCCGCAUUGCCCGAGCCUGUGGCCAAGCCAGAAGUGUUGAACUACAUCAAGCAGCUGACUCUGAAUGUUGCCCUGCAACAGGGUCAGUGGCUGCUUGACCAGAUGCCCGCCUUGACCGCCGUCGUUGCCGAUCUGUGCGAACAUCGCAUUUUUGUCAAGGAGAUGGUCGAGAUCAUGUGGGAUUUGUUGGUACAUCCGACGCUGGCCGUACGCUUGUGCAUCGUGGAGGUUUUCCGUGUGUUGGUCAAAUUUGUCGACCCGCAAACCACCGCCAAGCGAGUCCUGCCUGCUCUUAUUACGCUUUCAUCUGAUCCCGAACCAGAGGUACGACACGCCAGUAUCGCCACGUUUGGCUCCAUCGCAAUCAGCAGCCCUGAAAAGCCUAUUGUGGAAAAGGUCAAGAUGCAAUUCCUCACGCUUCUGGAAGACCCCGACCGAACGAUUGCUGUUGAGGUUCUCAACACCUUCCGCGCAAUCAUUCCGCAAGCUGAGCCUCAAUUCCGCGAUGAAUUCAUCAUCCACCGAGUUUGUCUCAUGUCAACCAGUUUGGGCGAAGAUCGCACCAACGCGGCGACGCCGAACAUUCUCGAGCCUGCCGAGCUGCGAGCUCGUGCGGGUGUAGCAACCGCACUUCUUGAUGCCAUGAAGGCAACGCUGCAAUGCUUCAUCGCCGACGAGAUCAUUGCUGACGGUGUGGCUCCCGCAAUUCGGCAAUUGCGCAAGGCCGUGACAUUGUUUUCUGAUUCGCAACGCGAAGACUUGGAUCGGUUGAUUGCUGAGUGUGAUGCCAAGAUUAUGGCUCGCAAUUCUUUGAGCUUAAAGAGCGAGGAUUCGACCCGCAACAAGCUCAUCAAGGGCCUCAUUGCCGCUGCCAAGAACGAGCCAAUGCCACCGUCCCGCCCAUCUGCCCCUUCCGUUAGCUCGUACACGGCCGGCGCAGGCACGGGCAAUCUCAGCAUCACCACUUCAUCCGGUGGCCCUGUGCCCGUGACGCAAACGAAUGCCGUGCAAGAGAACAAGGCGCUCAAGAGCAUGACUGAUCUCUUCCGUCGCAACAAGUAACACUCUCCGUGCCUUCCCGACUUUUUUUCCUGUUUGAUCGGGUUGACAACAAUCCAGUGUGUUUGAUACUCCUACACCUCGUCAUGUUUGCAGAAGUAAAUUUCAAAUGCAAUACAGAACGAGAGAAAAUUUG